UAUGAAAGGGAAUAGACGAGUAGGGGCUGCAGUUGGUCAGAGUGAGCAAGCAGCUACAGCAGAUGAAUCUGAAUCAGCGGUCGCACCAACAACUAAUAGGGAACCUUUGGCAGACGUUCCCGACGAGCUGCAGGUGGCACCGGACGACGAUUUUGAAACGUUUGUUUUUAUCAAGAAUCUACCCCCUGAGCAGCCUCUCGAAGGUACUCCCGCCUUACCUAUACGGACUCGAAGAACACCAAGAUAUUCAUUGGUGUUAGAUUUGGACGAAACUCUGGUUCACUGCAGUCUUGAACCAAUGACCAGCUCAGACUAUGUGUUUCCUGUCUCAUUCGAAGGCGUUACCUAUCAGGUUCACGCUCGAACUCGCCCGUAUCUAAAGGAAUUUCUGACGCGAGUUUCUCAGUUGUUCGAAGUUACAAUGUUCACAGCUUCAAAGAGAAUUUACGCAGAUAAGCUGAUGGACUUGCUAGACCCCAAAAAGGUUUACGUAAAGCACCGUCUGUUUCGGGAGCACUGUGUAAUCGUUAAUGGAAAUUACGUCAAAGAUUUGAGGGUGUUAGGAAGAGAAUUGCAAAAGACUAUUAUUAUUGAUAAUUGCCCACAAAGCUUUGGAUAUCAGCUGGAUAAUGGCAUACCGAUCGAAAGUUGGUUUGACAACGAUGACGACCGAGAACUAUUGCUACUAUUACCUUUUCUAGAACACCUGUCGUGUCUCGGAGAUCGUGGCGACGUCAGGAGUCAUAUACGAAAACGUUUCAGACUUCGAGAACGUCUACCAACCGAUGAAGUGGCCAAACAAUAUCAAAAAUUGCUUGAUCAGCAAAUGCAAAUUUAA